AUGACCACACCGGGCAAGAUCACUAUCUCCAUUGAUCGCGGGGGUACCUUCACAGAUGUCCAUGCCAUUGUUCCUGGUCGCUCAGAUAUUAUUCUGAAGCUGUUAUCGGUAGACCCAGCACACUAUCAAGAUGCUCCAACUGAGGGUAUUCGUCAAAUACUCGAGCUUGUUACAGGGGAGCCACAUCCUCGAAACCAGCCAUUGAAGCUCGAAUGUAUCGGCUGCCUCAGAAUGGGUACCACUGUAGCCACAAAUGCAUUACUGGAGCGCAAGGGAGCCCGCUCAGUAUUAUUCACAACCAAGGGUUUCCGAGAUCUUCUGAAAAUCGGCGAUCAGUCUCGUCCGGCAAUCUUUGAUUUGUCCAUGGCCCGACCUGGAGUGCUACCAGAGAGUGUCGUUGAGGUGAAUGAACGAGUCAUUCCAUGCCAUCCAAAUGCAGACAAAGAUUGCUUCUCUGGCGUGCGAGUUGUGGAGGGUAUCACAGGCGAGAAGUUCCGAGUGGUUCAAGAGCUGGACCUGGACCAAGUGCGAUUUGAUCUGCAGCGACUCAAAGACCAAGGAUAUCAAUCACUAUCUGUCGCGCUUGUACAUUCAUUCGCUUACCCAGACCAUGAAAUCCAGAUUGGUCAACUCGCCGAAAGCAUGGGUUUCUCCGUGACGCUAUCUUCGAAACUUCAACCUAUGAUUAAGAUUGUACCUCGCGGCAUGUCAGCUGCGGCCGAUGCCUAUCUAACUCCCGUCAUAAAGACUUACAUCGAUUCCAUCUCCGACAGCUUCGAAGGUGGCCUGGAGAAGCAGCAAGAAUGCCGAUUUGAGUUCAUGCAGUCAGACGGUGGCCUGGUGGAUUUUCGCAAAUUCAGCGGUCUCAAGGCAAUUUUGUCUGGACCCGCAGCCGGAGUAGUAGGAUUCGCAGCCACUAGCUGGGACCCCGUUGAGAAGACUCCUGUCAUAGGAUUUGACAUGGGUGGUACAUCUACAGAUGUAUCAAGAUUUGACGGCCAUUUGGAGCAUGUCUUUGGAUCCAAGGUAGCAGGAGUUUUGAUCCAGUCGCCUCAACUUGAUAUCAACACAGUCGCCGCGGGCGGUGGUUCAAUACUGUCCUGGCGUAACGGUCUAUUCUACGUUGGUCCUGAAUCAGCGAGCGCGCACCCCGGUCCAGCUUGCUAUCGCAAAGGGGGGCCUUUGACUGUUACCGACGCCAAUUUGUUCUUAGGUCGCUUGCUCCCUGAGUAUUUCCCGCAUAUCUUUGGACCCAAUGAAGAUCAGCCUUUGGAUACCGAGAUCACCUCGCAGAAGUUCAAUGAACUUACUCAACAAAUUAAUGCUGAGCGUCGCCAGAAUUCUCAACCUGAGUAUACCGCGGAAGAUAUUGCUCUUGGGUUCCUCAAGGUAGCCGACGAGUCAAUGGCCCGACCAAUCCGUAACCUUACUGAGGCUCGAGGUUUUGAGACUGCCUCACACCACCUUGCCUGCUUCGGAGGAGCUGGCGGACAACAUGCAUGCACAGUCGCUGCUUCUUUAGGAAUUUCCCGCAUCAUAAUUCACAAAUAUUCCUCUGUUCUAUCCGCAUAUGGCUUGGCCCUCGCAGAAGUUGUCAAGGAAUCACAGGAACCAGUAUCUUCCGACUACUCUUCCUCACACACGAACUUACUGCAACGCUUUGAAAACAUGUCUGCUGCAGCUACUGAAGAAAUGCAAACACAAGGAUUCACACCCACUCAAAUAAGACACGAGCAGUACCUCAACAUGCGCUAUGAAGGCUCCGACACUAGCCUAAUGAUUCUGCGACCGGACCAAUCUUCAGAUUUCCUGAAUGAAUUCCGUGAUCGCCACCGCCGCGAAUUCAACUUCAAUUCCGAGCGAACAAUUCUCGUCGAUGAUAUCCGAGUCCGAACCAUUGCCUCAUCCAAGGUUCGCACCGAACGCAGCCCACUCGUUCAAUUAAGCGAAGCAUCCAUGAAAGACGUAACAACAGCCCCUGCAACUACAGUCGCCGCCUAUUUUGACGGCUACUCAAAGCGUAUUGACACUCCAGUGUACUUGUUCGAACAACUAGAGAACCAAAGCCGCAUCGCAGGACCAGCCGUAAUCAUCGACAAAACUCAAACAAUCGUCGUUGCGCCUAAUGCUAUCGCUAACCUCCUUGAGACCUGCAUUGUCAUCGACCUGAAAGAUAACACCUCUUCAUCUGUUCAAGAGACUCAAGAAUCUUCAGAGAUUGACCCUAUUCGUCUCAGUAUCUUCGGACAUAGGUUCAUGUCAAUUGCCGAACAGAUGGGUCGCACAUUACAGAAAACCUCUGUCUCGACUAACAUCAAGGAGCGACUCGAUUUCUCCUGCGCACUCUUUUCUCCCGACGGCGGUCUCGUGGCCAAUGCUCCGCAUGUUCCUGUACAUCUCGGAUCAAUGCAAUUCGCCGUACGCUAUCAACAUGAAAAAUGGCUAGGCAACCUGAAAGAUGGCGAUGUGCUCGUUGCCAACCAUCCUAGCUGUGGCGGAACCCAUCUACCCGAUAUCACCGUGAUUACCCCUGUAUUCGAUCGUCCAGGUGGUACGGAGAUUAUGUUCUACGUUGCAUCCCGUGGUCACCAUGCCGACAUUGGUGGCAUUCUACCAGGAUCAAUGCCACCCAAGUCCACUGAGCUGUGGCAAGAAGGAGCCUCUAUCGAGGGCGACAAGAUUGUGAGCAACGGUGUGUUGGAUGAAGAACGUCUCAUUGAGCUUCUAGUUACCAAACCAUCUCAAUACCCCGGCUGCUCAGGAGCAAGAUGCAUCACGGACAACCUCUCUGAUCUCAAGGCUCAGAUUGCGGCCAAUACCCGCGGCAUUGGGUUGAUUCAAACUCUCUUUGCCGAAUACGGAGUUGAUACUGUUCAGAAAUACAUGUAUGCCAUUCAAGCCACGGCAGAGACUGCUGUACGGAAUCUUUUGAAAGGAUUACAUGACAAGUUCAGAGGUCAACCCCUAGAAGCGAUCGACUGGAUGGACGACGGCACACCUAUUCAACUGAAAGUGACAAUUGAUGGAUCAAGCGGUUCAGCAGUGUUCGAUUUUGCCGGAACCGGUGCCGAGGUAUAUGGCAGCUGGAACGCUCCUAUCGCUAUUACCCACUCGGCUAUCAUUUACUGUCUGCGCUGCAUGAUUGAUGCAGAUGUACCUCUGAACCAAGGCUGCCUGGCUCCCAUUGACAUCCAAGUACCAUCACCCAGUAUCCUAUCCCCUGCGAAAACAGCUGCAGUGGUAGGCGGAAAUGUAGUCACUUCGCAACGUAUCACCGAUGUGGUCUUCAAGGCGUUCCGAGCCUGCGCCGCUUCACAGGGUUGCUGCAAUAACCUGACCUUUGGAACAGACCCCAAGCUGGACCCCCAAACAGGCAAAGUGAUCACCCCAGGAUUCGGAUAUUAUGAAACUAUUGCUGGAGGCAGUGGUGCCGGACCAACCUGGCAAGGCGAAUCUGGUGUUCAAGUCCAUAUGACCAACACCCGGAUCACGGAUCCUGAGAUUCUCGAGAAACGUUAUCCUACUAUGCUGCGUCAGUUUACACUGCGUAAUGGAUCUGGUGGUCGAGGCAAGAACCCCGGUGGCGAGGGUGUGGUUCGUGAUAUUGAGUUCCUUGCUCCUAUGCAAUGCUCAAUUCUUUCUGAGCGACGUGUUCACCGACCAUACGGCUUGGAAGGUGGCGAGUACGCACAGCCUGGUCUCAAUCACUGGAUUACACGAGAUGGCGAGACUGGAGAAGAACGCCAUAUUAAUAUUGGUGGAAAGAAUACCGUGUCUGUGAAAACACAUGAUCGAGUUGUUAUCAUGACAGCUGGUGGUGGUGGAUGGGGAGCUGUGGAGGCCUAG